GACGUAUUAAAUUUCAGAGGCUUCGUCGAUGAUUGAUCAUGAGAAUUCCUUCCCUCUCGUGCAUUUCCAUCGUGACGACAUGUGAGCAAUGUGAUGACGUUGAGGUCUUGGUCGCCAUGGCAAGUACAAGUAGUACUGUACAGACCGCGGCCGUGAAGCCUCAAGCAGAAGCACCACGCCCUGGCGAGAAGUUCCGAAAAUGGUUGUGUAGUGAAAAGUCCAGUACCAUCACACGCCCCCCUACGCCACGUCCCAACUUGCAUACUGGUAAGUCAGUUUGGUUCCGACAAGUACAUAUGUCUCUGUACGACGACAACCGCGACACGUUGUGGCAUUGCCUCACGACCUUGUUCUCUCCGCCGCCGACGCUGUUGCAACGCAAGGCCGAGGCGUUCGUGACGUCGCGGCUGCGGCACUACAACGCCGUGCUCUUUGUCGAAACCGCCACCGAAACAUUUGGGUGCGUCGUCGCUGACGUCCUCCGCCGCGCUCGACGAACGAGUCAUUGCAUUGUCAACCUCGACGAAGUGACCGAUCCGGCGUUGCUGCGUGAGAUUCGCGCGGCGCUGGCCGCGAAAUCUGGUACAAAGCUGCCAUCCUGUCCCACUACCUCAUGGAUGUCCUUCUCUGUAGGCUACUGGACGCUGCCAGUGCUGUUUCUCAACGGUCGCGUCGUCCCCCAAGUCGGCGCCAUCCGCGACGCAUAAUGCCGUCGACCUCACCCGAUAUCCGUUCAACCUUUCCCAUCUUGAUAUUCGUCGUUACUGUACUGUAGUACUUUGAAUUCUAACGUAAACGAUAAAUUACACUCUGUCACAUAUUACAACUGAUCCAGCCGCCGCACCGACUGCUCGCGCUUGAUGGCUUUGGUUCGAAGCAGCGCGCGGCGGUCGAUCGCCAGCUUUUCGGCGUCCGCUUCGAUUUCCUCGCGCACUUCGCCCUGCAAGCGAUGCAGCACCUCGAGAAACGUCGGCCGGCUGCGCGGGGGGUCCAGCAGGCAGUCUUGGAUCAGGCGGCGGCGGCGCGGCAGACACGACGAUGGGAGCGACGGGCGCAGGCCGUCCUUGGCUACGCGAAGCAUGACCUUGAGUCCGGUCUGGUCGAUGUCGUGGUAUGGCGUUUGCCGGGUUUCCAGUUCGGUCUACAUUGCACCACAUAUAUAUAUAUUUACAACUGAGUGAAGAGGGACGACGUACGAGCACAAUCCCAAACGAGUAAAUGUCGGCGGAAAUGCCGUACUUUUCAUUGCGGAUGACUUCAGGGGCGAGCCAAAAGGGGGUACCCACGACGGUCGUGAGGGCGUCGAUGUCCUUUUUGUACCGCCGAGACAAGCCAAAGUCGCUCACUUUGCACCCAAAUGUAGCCGAACACAGCAAGUUGACGCUCUUCAAGUCGCGAUGCACCACGGGGGGUUCUAAUUUCAUUCAAAUAUAUUGUGCGUUAUUGACGAAAUCGCCAUCUAAUUCAGCAAACGAGUAUGAUUGGCUACA